AUGCAGAGCGACGACGUUAUAUGGUCGGUGAUCAACACUCAGUUCUGUUCAUACAAAGUGAAAACAGCAACACAGAACUUUUGCCGAAACGAAUACAAUGUCACCGGUUUCUGCACGAGGCAGAGCUGUCCCCUAGCAAACUCACGCUAUGCGACCGUCCGGGAGAAGGAGGGCGUGCUCUACCUCUACGUGAAAACGAUCGAGCGGGCGCACUCGCCCGCGAACAUGUGGGAGAAGAUCAAGCUCUCGAACAACUACUCAAAGGCCCUUGAGCAGAUCGACUCGGAGCUCAUCCACUGGCCAAACUUCACGAUCCACAAAUGCAAGCAGCGGGUGACGAAGAUCACGCAGUACCUCAUAAAAAUGCGACGUAUGCAGCUGCGGCAACAACCGAAGCUCGUCGGGAUAAAGAAAAAGCUCGACCGACGUGAAGCCGUGCGCGAGCGCAAGGCGCUAUCCGCCGCGCGGCUCGAGCGCGCGAUUGAGGCGGAGCUCCUCGAGCGGCUCAAGAGUAAGGCGUACGGCGACGCGCCGCUCAACGUAAAUGAGGACGUCUGGCGCGCGGUGCUCGACCGCGAGAAGAAGGGCAAGGAGCGCGCGCUAGCCGGUGAGGGCGCAAGGGACGAGGAGCUGGACUUGAUGGACGACGAGACGGACGAGGAGCUCGAAGAGGAGGAGGAGGGCGAGUGGGGAGAGAGGGAGUUCGUGAGCGAUAUGAGUGGGGACGAGGACGGGCUGAGUGAUUUGGAAGAUGUGGAGUCGGGUGAAGAGGAGAGUGGGGAGGAAGAUGAGAGUGAUGAGGAGGACGAGGAGCCGACAGACAAGACAAAGCUGGGCAAGCGGAAAGCAGCACCAAAGACGCAGAAGCCUGCGAAGCGGAAGCCAGAGAAGAAAGCACGCAGGGGACCACGGGUCGAGGUCGAGUACGAGCAGAGAUGGAGACCGUACCUCUCACAAAAGAGCAAUUGCAAACUGGUAGCACUCUCCGGGUUGUUGAUUGCGUACAUGUCCUUACUAUCGUCUCUUGCACACUACGCUGCUCGUACUCAUCAUUUUCAUCGUCUGGGCGCAUUGACAACCGUCAUGUUUAAUCUAUCGUACUAG